AUGAGCAUCGCGGUGCUGGGGCCCACCUUCCAAAACCUGGCCGCGAACGUCCACAAGAACGUCAGCGACAUCUACUACAUCUUCGUGGGCCGGUCGCUGGGCUACCUGGGCGGGUCGGUCCUCGGCGGGGUGCUCUUCGACUGCAUGAACGCCCACCUCCUCCUCGCAUUAUCCAUGUCUGCAACAACGGUUGGUCUUUAUGGGAUACCCUGGUGUAAGAAAUCCCUGCUGUUAACUGGCUUGAUGUCAGUUAUUGGAGCUUCCAUGGGAAUUCUAGACACAGGUGGCAAUGUCCUGGUGCUGAAUACCUGGGGAGCAGAGGCUGGGCCACAUAUGCAGGCCUUGCACUUCAGUUUUGCCGCGGGUGCGUUUGUGGCUCCAAUCCUGGCUAAAAUGGCCUUGGGAGGCUCCGAAUCCAGAGAGCUUCCAGCAGUUGAAAAGACAAACCAGUCUGUGCUGAGGUCUGUGCCGACAGCACCGGCCACAUCGGUCACGUCGGCGCUGAAACACCAUCUUGGCGCAGACUUUUUGUGGUCGUACGUUGUCAUAGGGACCUACCUUCUGUUAGUUUCCUUCUGCUUCUUUACUUUGUAUUCAAGGGGGAGCUCGGCUCGAGACAAGUCAAAGGCUUCUCUGCAGAAGCACGUGCUUGCCAAAUACCACUACGCCCUCAUUGGGCUCCUGUUCAUAUUCUUCUUCUGCUACGUGGGGGCGGAGGUGACUUACGGCUCUUAUGUGUUCACUUACGCGAAGGUGUUCGCCGCGAUGAAGGACAGCGAAGCGGCCGCUCUGAACUCCGUCUUUUGGGGGGCGUUUGCCGCUUGCAGGGGAGUGGCAAUAUUCUGCGCCACUUGCCUGUACCCCGGCACCAUGAUCCUGCUGAGCAUCGUGGGCUCCGCCGCCUCCUCCUCAUGCCUGGCCUUCUUCGCCAGGCACCCGGCGUCGCUGUGGGUUGGCAGCGCCGUGUACGGCGCCUCGAUGGCCACCAUCUUCCCCAGCGGCAUCUCCUGGAUAGAGCAGUACACGGUCGUGCAGGGGAAGUCGGCUUCCCUGUUCGUCAUCGGUGCCGCGCUGGGCGAGAUGUGCGUUCCCGCCGUGGUGGGCUACCUCCAGGGCAGGUUCCACCACGUUCCCGUGGUCAUGUACACCGCCGUCGUGACUUCGGCAAUGACGGUUCUGCUCUUCCCUCUGAUGUACAAAUUGGCCAACUGUCCCGGCGAGAGCGGCGUGAGAGACGUGAGCGAGAGCGAGGACCGGAAAGCUUUGCUGUCGGCCUCCAGGCUUAAUGAGGAUGAAGAGGAUGAGGAGGAUGCGGGGGAGUGGAACGAAGCAGACUUUGAGGUAAUAGAAAUGAAUGACUCGCUGAGAAACUCAGUGAUAGAGACCUCCCGUAAGAUACCAGGGGACUCUCCAGCCAAAGUCUCUCUCCAGCCCCACCUGGACGACAUAUUGCACAAUUCUCCAGUGAUUGCUGGUGGCUCCCCUGGGAGAAAAAGUGUCACCGUUGACCGGGAGAAGAACGAUUAA